AUGCCAGUCUCCAUUGUAUUUGUUCGUAGUGUCGUUCUGCCUGAACUACUAGCCACGGCGCGGCUGCUGGCUGGACUCGAGAGUGAUCCCCAAGGCACAACGGGAUGGAUGCGCGAACGCUCAUCUGCCGUUUUCACCGAAAUGGUGGAGCAGUUCAUGUCGGGCAAAAGCAACUUAGCCGACCUGGAAGAAUUAUUCAACAACCAGUCCUACUCAGAUUACUAUGUUGUCUUCCUGAGACUCCUCGUAUCGGCCUACAUCCAGCGGAAUGCCGACUUUUACGCCAACUUUAUUGCUGAGGACAAGACGGUUAGGCAGUUCUGUGAGACGGUGAGUUACAGCUUCAUCGAGGAUUUCUUUCUCGCUCUUACUGCCUUUCGAACUAGUCACUGA